AUGUUAUUAUUAGAAACCCACAACAGAAUUUUAUAUGAUGAAGUUAUUUCACACUUCAAUUCAGACAGAAGAGUAAACAAUGUCUUUGCCGAUUUCGACGGUGUUAAAUUCAAUGUUUUCACUGCAGAAGAUAAAUCAACACUCACUGUUUCAAUGUCAAUUAAAGCUGCUGCUGAUCUCAUGAAACAUGGUGGCGCCCCAUUAUUAAAGAGUAUCUAUGGUGAAAUGCUUCAAGCUAGACCAGAACCAGGUUAUGAUGUUACUUUAGUUAUCCCAACUUCAUUUUCUGGUAAUAAAGAGGAAUUGGCUAAAAAAGUCAGUUUAUUAAAGAGACAUUUAGUUGCUGCUCCAUUUUUAAUGGUAUUCGAAGGUAUUGAAGCCAAAAAACCACUUCCAGAUAUUAUUUCAAUUGAUUACCGUAGUGAUGAAAGUUUCUACUUAAAACCACAAGGUGAUAAUGUCACUGUUAUUUUUGAUAUUGCCUUCAAAGAUGCUGAUGAUGUUGUUUUAUCAAAGAUUUUCUUACAAGUAAAUAUUUUAUAA